AGAGCAAAGCAGACAGCUCAGGGCCGCUGCCCUGCACCCCUUGGCUAACAAGCUCAUCGUGCAGUGAACAUCCCAAAAAAUGAAGCAUAGGAAGGAGUGGCUUCUUAAUUCCGGCAGUAAGAGCCUAUUUGUGAAUGAUUUCCUCCUGGGGGUGGGGGGAGAUGGAAAUGAGCAUAAAGGAAGUUGUCAGCAGCACCGCACGCUGGCCUAUCACAGCACAGCUCCAUCUUAGCUGUGCCAUAGGCUGCAUUAAAACAGGGAACGGCACGGCGCUCACUCAGCAUCCUUACAGACAAGAGCCCUCCAAUCUGUGACAGGGAAUACGCUAAGACAACUCUUCAGGAAUGGCAACCCUCAAUGCCACUCACUGGAACGAGACAACAUCCAUUUACCAGUACCUGGGCUUUCAAGUGCAAAAAAUCUACCCUUUUCAUGAUAACUGGAACACUGCCUGCUUUGUUAUUCUGAUCAUAUUCAUCUUCACUGUAGUUUCUCUGGUGGUGCUGGCUUUCCUCUAUGAAAUGCUAGACUGCUGCUGCUGUGUGAAAAAUAAAACUGUGAAAGACUUGGAGAACGAACCCAACCUUGUCAGAGCAAUGCUGAACAGCUUCAGAAAGCGUGACACGGAGGUGGUGUAGGAAAGGCUGAUCAUCAGCAUGCGGAGAUCAUUUGAUCUUGAACAAAACCACUUGUACCUUACGGAUGAACGAGUUACAUGCUUUUUUUUUUUUUUUUUCCUUUUUUUCCUUUUUUUCUUCUUUUGGACUUAGAACGGUAACUGCUACUAUUACAUCUCCAGAUGUGAACUUCAACAGUUAGCAAAGGCUUUCUGAGCACUUAGCUGAAGGAUGAUCUGUUGCAUUGUAAUGGGGAAAGAAAAGUUCUUCAUUUUUAAAUGAAUUUUUGUUGUUCAUACUGAGUCACAAGAGUAGAUCCUUGACUACCUGAACAAACAGUGUUGAUUAACAUGCAUAAAAUUAUGUUGUUUAGCAGGAGAAAACACUUAGAAAAAUGCUCAACAAUCGAAUCCUAUGCAGCACAAUGAUAGAGCACUGUCCUCCCACUGGGGUGAAUCACACAGAGACAAGACAGACAUAAGGGAUUAGAGAAAAAUAGAUGCAAGACAGAAGGAUUCAAAGGCAAGAGAUGCUACGAGACAGCAGAGCCUCGCGUGAAUUUUUGCCUUCAGCAGUUGUUCUUACUAUGGGUUCAGCACUUUAAGAAAAUAUGGUAGUGGGAGCCAGAAUGAAAUUCAUCCUUAAAAUAGCCUUUUCUGACCUCCUGCAGUAUAGUUUGACCCCUUCUCCCUCCUUUCUCCCAUUUCAGAGAACCACACUCCUUUUACUCCAUCUUCAACCUGUUUAAUGACUUCUGAGCAUUGAGACAUGACUACUGCACUACCUUAAGACUAUCUGGCUGCAUCUACAAAAGCACACUGAAGUUGGAUCACAGCCUAGAAGAAGCAGGGUCAUCUUUCUGUCCCAAGACUGCUGCCUCUGUGCCAACUAUGACACUACAUGGAAUAAGACAUAUUGAUUAUCUUAUUCCUAUCUCGUUUUCUCAAAGCUGAACUACAGCUGACAGAGUUGUUGCCAUAACACAGGCUGACAGACUGCAAUCUUUCCAGAGCAGUGCCAGUAAUUGUUCCCAGCCAGCACGCAGUUCUCAGGUAUAGGUAUGUUUCACAAAGGAGGCCACAUCAUGAUAAGCCCAGCACAAGAGACAGGGGGAUGGAUGCACAGCAAGACGCGACUUUGUUUUGCACAACUGAACUUCAGCUGACUUCAUCAGCCUGCAGAUACAUUCCAGAGUUUACCCUCUCAGCUCUCUCAGAAUCUGACCACGUAGAACUUGAUCAGCUUUCACCUCUAACUUAACACAUCAUUCCUCUGAAAACCUACAGAUGCAACACAAUACAAACAGCAAAGUUUUGUUUUUAAAAAUUACAACUGUAAUAGCAACAAUCAACAGUGCAGCCUUCAGUACAGCCUGUGAAGUCUCUGUCUUGCUGCUGGACACAGAGAGAAGCACGCCAGAAGGAAACAUCCCAACCAAACUAAAGCUACAUAUGGGACAAGAUACUUAAUUACAUAAACAAAUGAUACCCUUGACAUUAGAGAAACAAAAUCUACUGAAAAAAUGAGUAAGCUACUGAUCCUGCUGCCUUAUCCCCAUCAGAAAUACCUCAGUGCCAUGACCACUACCCUCAAUCUUUUUUCUUUUCUUCUUUUCCUUUUUUUUUUUCCUUUUUUUUUUUUUAAAUACAUGAACUCCCACUCUCAGGGUUACUAUGCCUACGCUCCAAAAGAUUUAGACACACACAUACACCAGAUGGCUCACCAAUUCAAUUCAUGUUCUUCUUGGUCAGCAAGAUGGAAUAAGACCCAGGCCACUACUACCCAAAAGAUUCCAAUGGUUCAUCCAGAAAAGCCAUCUCCUUCCUGACACAUUCACCACUGCAAACAUUCAUCUUCUACAGAGUUACUACCGUCACACCUUGCCAGUACCACCCCACAUGCAGCAAAUGCUCUUAACUGAAACUGAACUAUAAGCACAACCGAUGGAAGCUAAUGUCCCAAGUACAAGGCAAGUGAGGACACACAACAAGACACAAAGAAGAUGACGAUGUCAGUGCUGCUUUCUGGACUGGGGAGACAUCUCAUUAUUUUCUACCAUAUUUCAGUCAGUCCUGAAGAACUGGCAUCCUGCACAGGAGGAGGCAGCAUGUGGGAAGGAAUACAAGCUUCUGGGACACUGGAUUUGCGUUCUCAUGCCUUCCUGAGAAGCCCAUGCAACAGAAAGUCUUGGGACUGUCUCCAGCUACUCAUUUACUGGGUCUGCAUAGGAGGCAGCAAACAAGGAACCAAGAAGAAAGACUUCCCCUUGCACAGCUCCAGAGCCUUGGGAGAACUCUUUCCCUCACAUAAAGGAAAGCUGUGAAAAAGCUCCCAGAGAUUUCAGCUCUUGCUGACCAAGACCACCAAGACAAAGAUUUCAAGAUAAAGAUUUCCUAUUGAUCAAUAAAUAGAAAUCAAAAGAUAUGA